CUUCUGUGGCAUUUGAGUCAGAUUCGAGCACGGGUGCCUCUCUAUGCCUUAACGCGAAAAAUUCCAAACGGCAACAAUCUACUACCAUGUGCUUCAGUUACCAUCCGUCGGUCCGCAGUUGAACAACACGUUGUUUUUGGUUUACAUGUUUCUUUUAAAAAAACGAACGUAUUCGUAAAUAAUACGUUGCUGAUAAGCGAGAGUGUAUCGCGAGAACCUAGAACUUUUUCGCGAUCUCCCGAGACGAGGCAGUGACCAACGCGAAGGUCACCGGUGUGUUUGAACUCGUCAGUUUACAGGAAGAGCCACUCUGAGUUCAAGUGAAUUGAAUUCAAAUAUUUACAAAAUUAGUCAACAGUCAGUAUUGAAUUGGCCAUAACAAGCCAAGGGGAUCCCCGCCGUCACUAGAAUCAGCGAAUGGACGAUCGCAUCGGCGGCAGUAGCAUCAGAACCCGACCGAAAUUGCGCAAAAAAGGAAAGCAAAACAUCCAUCCAUCCGCGACAGCGCCAGCGAUAGAACGGCCUUCGCGAAAAGCCCUUAUAUAAAAGCAUUGGCUCGCUCCUGUUUGUUCAAUAGAUCAUCUAGCGUGUAGCACUCGAUCAGAGGUGCCACCACAAUCUCCUCGGUAGCAUUGGCGCGCGCGCACGCGUAAGUUCUGUAGCUGAUAGUGUGUUCAUUCCGCUCGCCAUCUAAGGGAUCGCCGCACGGUGUGAAAACAGUUGAUUGAAGAUAAUUGGAUUGAUUAGGCCUCGAUCGCCAGUUCAACCACUGAACUUGAGCCAACCAUUUAGAGGCAGUUCUUCAAAAGCUGCUGCCACCGAUUUGAUCGACAUCGAUUACGCGUAUAGCCCCCAUCAUUGCCUGAUCGGUAGAGUGGCUAAAAAUAACCUCUCCAAACGUGGUUACCCCAGCAGACCAAGAUGAGGUCACUGUCAUUGGUGUUGUCCGCGCUGCUGAGUUUGUUGCUGCUGACCGAAGUGGCCCUCGCGUCGCCGGUGCUCGAUAAGCUGUUCGGAUUCGCUGCCUACCAGCCGGGUUAUUCCGGCUAUGGGUACGGUGGAAACCAGUACGGGUAUUACAGUUCCGGUGGAGGAGGUCCCAGCCCGACGCACAGGAAGAAGCCCAAGGGUCGCUCGUACAAGGACAUCUGCCGGGUGGUGAAUCCAACGCCCUAUGCGCUGCCUGGAAGUGUGCCUUAUCCUGCGGCGCCAUUCUGUCCGUAUUGAAAAUCAGUGUAAUCAGUGAGCUGAUCGUUAGAAAUACUCUCGUGAUGUGUUCCUUUGAACAUGAUUUGUGUUUUGAAAGUGUGAGAUUGAACCAUGAACUGUAUAUAGUUAGCGAUAAGAUGAUAAUAAAGUGCAAAGUAUUGUAAGUUUAUUUCAAGGA